UAGUAUAAACUAGAGUGAUUCAUGUCGGAUAAUGACUGUAUCUCCUAGUGAUGCCAUAAAAUAAUACGCGGAAUAUUAGUGAUCUGAGAUCAGUCUGCCAGUAAAAGGAAGUAUUACCUAAGGACAUUUUUGCAGAGACAUUAAUGGAGUAGAGUUGCUUCCAUCUUCCAUCAUCAUCAUCUUCUUCAGCAUGCCAGGCACGUCGGUCCAAAAGAAAUGGGCGGCAGUGAGGGGUCGCCUAGGGUCCUCUCAGGACUUAGACGGCACGCAGGAGGCCAACCUAGAGAACGCCGACCCGGAGCUCUGCAUCCGCCUGCUGCAGGUGCCCACCGUGGUCAACUACUCUGGGCUAAAGAAGAGGCUGGAGGGCAGUGACCAGUCAUGGAUGGUGCAAUUCCUGGAGCUCUCUGGACUUGACAUCCUCCUCGAGGCACUAGACAGGCUCUCUGGGCGGGGGUGCUCACGGAUCGCUGAUGCCCUCCUGCAGCUGACAUGCGUUAAUUGCGUGAGGGCAGUCAUGAACUCUUCUGCAGGCAUUCACUUCAUCGUGGAGAAUGAAGGCUAUGUGCGCAAGCUCUCUCAAGCUCUAGAUACUUCCAACACUAUGGUGAAGAAGCAGGUGUUUGAGCUACUGGCUGCACUGAGCAUGUUCUCUGCAGAUGGAUAUAGAUUGGCAUUGGAUGCUCUGGACCAUUAUAAGGCCGUAAAGACCCAACAAUAUCGCUUCAGUGUCAUCAUGAAUGAGCUCCAAAGUACGGAUAACGUACCUUACAUGGUGACCCUGCUUAGCGUAAUCAACUCUCUCAUCUUCGGCACUGAAGAGCUUCGUCACAGGGACAAGAUGCGCAAGGAAUUCGUCGGGUUGCAGUUGCUUGACUUUCUGCCAAAGCUGAGGUGA